AUGGAUAAAUCUUCUAUUCAACAAAACUGGCUCGUUGCACAAAAGAUUGAAAAGGAGUUACAGUCGCAGCUGAAUAAAGAUUCCCCUACAUUCGAAGAUAUUCAACAUCUUCUCACACAGUUGCGCAUUGCUUGUGAAGCAGUCAUCUUUGGCGACUUCGAAUAUGCUACUAAGCAGCGUGUACAACACCGUCUCUGGGACUCGCAUAGUCUGAUCAAUUCCCGAUAUCGAAAGCUCGUCGCUCAUUACCGUUCCGCCGACCAGAGACGCCGCGCUGUGGAGCGCCGAAAGCUAGAGAAGCACUAUGUCGAUUUCCUUAAAGAGAGCCAGUUUUUCUACAAGGGAUACAUUCAGCGUGUUGCCUCUCACUUUGGUCCUCUUCCUGCAUUGCAACGCAUCGCGAACCGUCUUUCUUUGAGCCCGUUGUCUGUGGACAAGCCUAUCAAAGCUGGCAGAACCCUUGAACAUCUGCUUAAGCUUUCCUGCCACUUCACCCUACUUCGUCUCGGAGACUUGAGUAGAUAUCGAAAUGACUUAAGAACUAAAGAGCGCAGUUGGGACCCUGCCCUAGGAUACUAUUCUCUAGCUGAAGCUCUUUACCCCGAUUCUGGAAAUGCCCACAACCAGAUGGCGGUCAUUGCUCUCGCUGAUGGCAGUCAUCUCGAUGCAUUAUACCAUUUGUUACGUGCAGUUGCUGUCAAGGAGCCCCAUACAUUAGCUCGUGGAAACUUGGCUAUUGAGUACAAAAAAAUAUCUACUAGUUGGGAGAAGGAAAGGCAGAGUAGACGUCGCCCAGCGCCCGUCGAGUCUGCUCUUGUCAUUUGGUUCGUGAGACUACAUGCAAGAUUUUACAAGGGUGUGGAAUUUUCUACGCAAGGAGAAUUAGAGAAUGAAGUUUUGGGUCAAUUGGUCUCGGCUUUGAAGGAUCACUCUUUUGAGGAAACUCUAAACAAGCUGGUGCUAAUAAAUAUGGCUGCAAAUUAUCUGGCAACCCAGAGGCUUACAGAAGCAGAGGGUGGUGUAACCGAUGACCUCAAAAAGUCUUUUUAUUUCCUUCUUGGCUUCAAUCUUCAAGUAUUCUGCGUCCUGCUACAAGCACUUAUCUCAGAGCUUGCCGAUGCAGCUGAAGCUGAAAACCUGGAGUCUUUGACUGCCACAGAUUCAUCUGGCGAUUCCUUCGAAAAGCUCAGCCCAGUCGCAAUUAGAGUCCUCCCCACCAUUCGACAAUAUUUCGCCUGGAUCAUCUCUCAACGUCUCCUUCUUGUCGGUCUCGGAGAUGGAGUUGACCGGGAGUCUACAGGUCCAUUAAUUGGUCAUAUUCAGAGAAUGUGGAAGACAGCUGCAGAUGCCCUUUCUGCUCUCGUCGGGUUCUUUCCUGUCGCAUCGCUUCCUUAUCUUUCGUAUUUGUUGCCUGAAGACGAACAGACACUCGGAUUUAAGCCUCUCCGGGAUUUGCCAGAUGGUUUGGAAGAAUACAGUCUCUACAAUAAAGAUGAUGGCUUUUUGAAAGCUCGCAUCUCCGACGGUAUCAUUCGACAAUCCCAUAACGAGAAUUAUGCUCGUAUCCGGGAUAUCUUACGAGCUGGAAUGGCUCUCCAUUUCGAAAAACCAUGUCCAAUUAUGAUGACCGAUGAUAGCAGAUUUGUCUAUGGUACUGAAAGCGCUAUCGAACCCCCCUCAAAUGGCUCUACAAUACCAAGUCAGCCAGCGAAAUCCACUUACGCUGUGCAGAACGACACGAACACCAGCAACGAGGUGGCUGUAGUAUCGGACUCCUUAGGCAUUAUGGAUAAUGAAAUGAAUCGUAUGGUAGACGAUUUGCUUGAGCCUGCAAGUCUUGCUCCUAGCGAAGAUACAUCUUAUGGUAUGAGCAGCUCUACUGCAAAUGCGGUAUUUGCGCCUAUUGGCUUCGAAAGAACACGUCCAUUGGCAAGUAACCAUAUAACACCCACCAAAGGCUUUCCAAGUCUACCUGGAAUCUGGGGCUCGCCCUUCACACCCAAGCCUAAUGAGCUUCGACCCAUCAGUCCCGAAAAGUCAUCAAGCUCUGGUGGAUUUUCAUCAAUGAAUUACUCAACCAGCAAAGACCAGCUUGCUGCUGUUGCGGCCCUCGACAACAUGACCGGAAUGCAACGAGGCACAAAUGGUGUUGCGAAUAAUGCAAGGAGCACAUUCUCAUCUUUUGAUGCCUCCACGCCAGUCAACCAAAUGUUGCAGGAGUCAUUGACGAAGCAGUUCGAACCUAUGUCAAUCUCAUCGUCGGGGUUUUCAACAAACAGCAGCAUCUACGCGAACAACUCACCACCGAAGGCAUACUACGGUAGGACCUUAAGCCGCCCAUCCUAUAAUGGCCACGAUAGCAGUAUCUAUACAGGUGCUAGCGAGUUUGAUCGAAGUACAAUGUUACAGAGCUCAAUUUGGAACAGUCAGACUGAAAAUGACAAUUACAACCAUACACCCCCCGCUGGACAAGGUCACCGAGGCUGA